AUGUCUACAGCAGCCGAGAAAGGUCCCCGUAAAGGGACCAUCAAAUCGGCCAAAUGUAGCAUCGUCUCCGCAGCCCUGGGCACAGAUGCGAAGCACACCGCCACGCCAUCGCCAUUCACGCCCGCGACGCUUCUGGAGGUGCCACCGGAGUACAAGCAACAGCUGCGCCAGGCAUUCGAUAAGUUUGACGACUCCGGCAAAGGCUUUAUCCCUGCACACGAGGCGGUGGUUGCUCUCUACGCGCUUGGAUACGACGUAGGCAACGCAGAGCUGCAGCAGCUGCUGCAAGAGGUUGGCGCUGCCGGCGCUGAGUCGAUCGACUUCAAUGAUUUCUACAACGUUCUAGUGCUUAGGAUGAGCAAGAAGGAGAGCAAGACGGAGUCGGUGCGUGCCUUCAAGCAUAUGGACCGAGAUGACAAGGGGUACAUCGGCCUCGAAGACCUGCGCUCUAUGGCCGACUCGCUGCACAUGAACUUGACAGACGACGAGUUGUCCGAGAUGAUCCAGUUCGCGCGGUCUGUUGGGUACCACGCCCCCGCACAAGGACAGUCGGAGUUCGACGCGAGGGACACGCUGGCGGUCUCGGAGGCCGAGUACUUGCGUUUGAUGAAGCGAGCCAACGUUUACUAA